AUGGCAGGCACAGAAUUCACCAUCGAUGAGCCCCUCAUCGCCAAAGUAACAGACUACAUCAAAGAAUACAUGUCCAACUACGACCCAUCCCACGACUUCAGCCACAUCCAGCGAGUCGUCAGCCUCGCCCGCCGCAUCCAGGCCACGGAACCAUCCACCUCCCUCCCAAUCGUCACCCUCUGCGCACUCCUCCACGACGUGGGCGAUAGAAAGUACCUGAAGCCCGGCGAGGACGCCACCCGCAUGGUCAGGGACCUCCUCGUCUCCCACGGCGUCCCCGCCCCCCUCGCGGACAAGAUCCAGACCAUCUGCCUCGGCGUCAGCUACUCCAGCGAGGUCAAGGAUCCCGCGCGGGUCGUGGAGCUCAUCAAGCUACACCCGGAGCUGGCCGUCGUGCAGGACGCGGACCGGCUCGACGCGAUCGGGGCCGUCGGGAUCGGCAGGUGCUUCACGUUCGGGGGCGCCAAGAACCGGGCCAUGGACAACUCGAUAGACCACUUCGCGGAGAAGCUGGUCAAGCUUGAGGGGAUGAUGAAGACGGAGAUGGGGAGGAGGAUGGCGCGGGAGCGGACGGCGAGGAUUGAGCAGAUGCAGGAAUGGUGGCGUUUGGAGAUGGAGGAUUCUGCUUGA